AUGCACGCGAUCCCAAGCACGUCCAACCGAAUAUUAUUCGACGUGCCUUGCGUUGUUUGCAAGGACCACUCCUCGGGUAAACAUUAUGGUGUGUUUGCUUGCGAUGGUUGUGCUGGCUUCUUCAAAAGAUCAGUGAGAAGAGACCGUCAAUACGCUUGUAAAGCUCGAACGCCCGGCCUUUGUCUCGUCGAUAAAGCUCACAGAAAUCAGUGUCGUGCUUGUCGUCUGUCAAAGUGUCUCAACGCCGGCAUGAACAAAGAUGCUGUUCAACACGAACGUGGGCCUAGAAACUCAACAAUUCGAAGGCAAAUGGCGUAUUACUUGCGUGACCCAGCGCUGCCUUCUUCGGAUGUGGGACUUCCUCCGCCCCCGCCUCCGCCCUUAGAUUUAGCGUUGAACAAACAACCGUCCGUUACUACUAUCUUGCCACCGCCACCGCCGCCACCGAUACCUACUGCUAUGAUUCCGUUAUAUAAUCCCUAUGGCACUCUCUACAGUGGCAUCUCUGCAUGGCCUACACCGCAACCUCCUCUCGUAUUAAGGGUGCCAUCUCCACCUCCCAUUACACUACCUUCGAUGUCACCGGAAGCUUUAAGAGAAGCAGGCGCAAAAAUAGUUUUCUUGAACGUCAACUGGGCUAGAUAUGUCCCUGGUUUUGAGAGUCUGUCAAUUUCCGAUAGAACAAUUCUUUUGGAAGAAUCGUGGAAAGAUCUUUUCAUAUUGGGUUUGACGCAAUUAAUAGAACCCAUUAACUUAAGAGCUCUUAUAGGCCCAAGCCAUACGUUUAAUAUGGUGGCAAUCGAUGAAUUUCAAAUAAUCCUAAACGAUUUAUAUAGAAUCCAUCCAGAUGGUAAUGAAUAUUCUUGCUUUCGAGCAAUUACUCUCUUUAAUUAUAAUUAUCUAGUCGCUCAAAGGACACGGCAAUUCGAAGAUUUAGCUGCCAUAUCAUCACUUUCAAGCUUUUACCAGUUCUCCAUGCAGCAGUACGAGAUGAGGAUAAACCCAUUAGACUUGAACCGGCUUAAUAACUUUAUGCACAUCUUGGUCAAAAUGAAAACAGUGGAGACCAACAUCAUCGAAGACUUGUUCCUUCGUGCCACAAUUGGGCAUAUUUCUGUUGAAAAACUGAUCAGCGAGAUGUAUACUACGAAAAAGGAACUAUUGAUUUUCUAG